AUGGUGUCUACCGAAGAGGCCAUCCAGAGACUCAAAGAGGCUCGUCCUCCCGCGACAGACACAUUUACAUACCUUACCGUCGUCGAAACGAACCUCUCCCCCGAAGUUCUCCCAACUCUCCAGGACAUUCUCCAAGACGCUGCGCUUACGAGCGAAAUCGGCUGGGAUCUCGUGGAGAUGCUAAUCUCUGUCCCAGGCAGCGAGGGCUGUCUCGAGACCAUUGCCCGCCUGGGAAACCCUCGCGAAGUCAUCCUCAAGGUUAUCGAAGUUCUUGACGCCAACUCAGAAUCAUCCGAGGCCGGCGACGCCUCGGCGAGCGCAAAGUUCGUUAUCCUGGUAGGCAUGCUGAGCAUCCUCCACCAAAGACUUCAGGUCAAGGCGCCAUCACGAUACCUUCAUACCACACUGCAAACCGUUUACCGAGCGUACAACCCCCAAGGUGCCGAGACGACGGCUGCGGUUAUUGACCUUGUACGAUCUCUUUCUGGGCGAAAGCGACCACCUCUACCUACACGCCAAUCUAGCGCCAAGAUAGAAACGGCGUUCCAGGGGAGUGACAUGUCCAAGAGUGCUCCCGAUCCUGAGGCGCAUGCAGGCCAAGCAGGCGAGGGCGAGUCUGAGCUGGUAUCACGACUCUUGCAGUCAUUUAUAACAAGUAUUCUCGAAGCUUAUGUCAACUCGAACAAUUUGGAAUGGGCAGCAAGACAUUUGGAAUAUUUGAGCCCCGAGAGGAUUGUACCGAAGAAGCCAACCAUGCUGCAAGCGUUCAAGCAAGUAGACGAGCUUCAAACCAGGGACGCCUUAGUUGGACAGUUAGUUGCUGUUGCCCGCGAUUUAGGCCUGGCGAAAUUGCCUUCUGACGAGGUCAAGAAGAUUUUGCAGUCUCCGUUCGCGGUGAAUCCACUGUCUGUCGAGCCCGAUCCCAAAAAUCCCGAAGCUAUCAAACUAUCAUCUGGCGGCUUCCUUUGCUUGACCGCUUAUCGCAUGUUCGCAUCGGACAUUUUUGACGCCAAUUACGAACAGCCCAAUGCCAGUAUUUUCCCUGAGCACCACAACUUGUUGAAGAGGUUCCUCGGCGAUGAACCACAGAUACAAAUCGAGGGCAACCCUGGCACUGUCGAGGCAUUGAUUGUCAUUGCACUUUGGCUUCAGGAUCAGAAGCGGAUAGUUGGACCUAAUGCGGCUGAAGACAGGGAAGCAACAUUCAUGUCAUAUCAUCAUCUGCUAACUCUCAUCUCUGUAUUUCAUCCAUCUUUACGAGUACGGAAUGCAGCCACCGUGUUGGCAGGCCAAAUCCUUCAUCAAGACCCUGAUGAAGGGGAUAGAUUAAAUAUUCUGGAGGACUUGCUGGAAAACUGCAUGUUUUCUUCUCUGCAAGCAUGUGCAGUGACAUGGCUACGAGAGGAAAUCAUCGCCACCCAGAAGGCUGGCUCAAAGGGACGAUUUGCUGAUUCUGACUGCUUGGACCAGCUCCAGUACACACUGUUUCCGGAUCUCGAGUAUCUUGCUGAGACGGACUUGGAGGCGCUAUGGGAGUUCUGGGUACAGAACUCACCCUUCCAUCUUCAAGUGGUAAACUUCUCUCUGUUUUUGUUUGGUGGUCAAGAUUAUAAGAGCUUGGCUCCUGCUGGCAUGGCUGCAGCGAUAGAGCAUCGAUACGCGAACCCUUUGCUUGCUGCUGCCAAGCGAUUGACGGAGGCACUGGAAAAGAAAGAGAUUGAUGGUCAAGACCAGGAGGGCGAGGUGUCAAUGCAGUUGAGCAUUUUGACGGAUACCCUUGAGCGUGUUCCGUUGCACUAG